GGCAUUUUGCUCUUUUCGCUGGAUUGUUACUGCGGAAAAUUUUCGCACUCGCUCUCUCCUCUCUCUCCCCUUGAAUUGAAUCCCAAUUCCAUGACCUCCAUAAAUCUCUCUCCAAAAGCUCAUCUUCUCAGAGAGAAUUUCUCUGUCUCGCAUUUCACAUCCAGAUCCGAAUUCCCUAUCCAUAUGAUAUCCUUUUGGCCGGCAUUUCUUCUCGUAUUCACCAAUUUAUUCGCGUCAUGAGUUCCAGUGCGGCGUCAUCCGCCGUCGGAGGCGGCGGAUUGGCGGAGUCUUCCAAUGCCAAGAAGAUCUCGAAGCGACCCAAAUAUUCAAAGUUUACUCAGCAGGAGCUCCCUGCAUGCAAGCCGAUUCUGACUCCAAGAUGGGUGAUUUUGACUUUUCUGAUCAUUGGUGUUGUCUUCAUUCCAUUUGGAGUGCUCUGCCUCUUUGCUUCUCAGAGUGUCGUUGAAAUUGUUGAUUGGUAUGACACAGACUGCAUUCCUGAAUCGUCUAGAAGCAACAAGGUCGCUUACAUACAAGGUUUAGGAGAGAAGACCUGUAAUAGAACUCUAACGGUGACAAAAACUAUGAAGCAUCCUGUCUAUGUAUACUACCAGCUUGAGAACUUCUACCAAAAUCAUAGGAGGUAUGUGAAGAGUCGAAGUGAUGCACAAUUGAGAGACCCUAAGCAUGCAAAUGAUGUGAGCUCCUGCUCACCCGAAGAUAUUGUUGCCGGGGAACCAAUCGUACCCUGCGGUUUAGUUGCUUGGAGUUUAUUCAAUGACACUUAUGACUUCUCCAGAAACGACCAACAACUUCCCGUGAAUAAGAAAGGAAUCUCGUGGAAGAGUGAUCGGGAAAAGAAGUUUGGCAAAAACGUCUUCCCUAAAAACUUUCAGGAAGGAUCUCUUAUAGGCGGAGGAAGUCUUAAUCCACAAACACCAUUGAGCGAGCAAGAAGACCUCAUUGUCUGGAUGAGAACUGCUGCUCUGCCAACGUUUAGAAAGCUGUACGGGAAGAUAGACAUGGACCUUCAGGCGGGCGAUACCUUGAGAGUAUUGUUAAAGAACAACUACAACACUUACAGCUUUAACGGGAAGAAGAAGCUCGUGUUAUCCACGACUAGCUGGCUCGGCGGAAAGAACGACUUCCUCGGGAUCGCUUAUCUGACCAUCGGCAGCAUCUGCUUAUUCUUGGCCCUUGCAUUCUCUGUCUUGUAUCUGGUUAAGCCGAGACAACUUGGAGAUCCGUCGUACCUGUCGUGGAACAGAAGUGCGGGAGGUGGACGAUGAAACCCCGUAUCAAAGAGACAACUAUAACUACCUUAUUGAUCAUUAAGACAUUUUUGAGUAAUCUAAUAUUAGCUACCGGAUUGUUCAUAUCGUCUUCCAGGUUUAUCCGAUUAAAAUUCGGUUUUUGUUAAGAAUAAUUGUUCAUUUUAUAAAUAAAUUUUCGUUUU